AUGCCACAUCCUCUAAGCUUAUCAGACUCCACCUCAGGUCCUGCACCCUCGCCGGCCCCGCCGAAGAUGAAGACGAACUUCACCGGAAUACCGAUAGUCGACUUCUCUCUAUUCCAUUCGGAUCCGCCAAAGUACUUCGAGCAACUGCGCUUCGCUUUCGAAGACGUGGGCUUCGUCGUCUUCGUGAACGUCCCAGGAUUCGAAGAUUCGUUUCAAAAGAAGCUGUUUGCUCGCGCGGAAUACCUGUUCAGCAAGCCGCAGACCUGGAAAGAUGCGCUGGGCACCCAGAAUUCGUACGCGUUGCGAGGAUACUUCCGCGCCGAUGAUAUCUCAGGUCCUCACCAGGCAUAUGCAGAAGCAUUUCGCUUCGGGCCUGACCUACCCGUACCGGCAGGAGAAGAUAUACCCUUCUGGCUCAGAUUACACCAGGGACCAAACCAGUGGCCUAACGAAGAGGAGCUACCGCGCUUCCGGGAGCUCAUGGAGACCUUGUUCAGCCGGUAUCACGCGCUGAAUAUAGCUCUGAACGCACACAUCUGUCAUAUCCUGGACAUCCCCGACGCAGACAUGAGCUCCUACUUCCCCGAGACGACAGAGUUCAACUCCGCUAUCUGGCACUACCUGCCUGUCACCCCGGAAAUCCAUGCUGCCGCGCAAGACGGGUUCGCGCAGGGAAUGCACGAGCACCGCGAUCCGUCCACAUUCGUGACGUGUUUGAUUCAGUCGCGGCCAGGUCUGGAGGUGCAAAACCACGCAGGCGAAUGGGUGGACGUGCCUAUGAUUGAAGGAGGCGUCAUAUGUAAUAUCGGUAUGCAGCUGAUGAAAUUGACUGGAGGAAAGCUCGUUGCGACUACGCAUCGCGUUAAUACGCUAAAGAUCGAAGAGGAUCGGUACACUAUUCCAUAUGUUCUCUCCACCAAACUCGACAAGGAAGUCGUCCCACUCCCGCAAUUUGCCAACGGCCCCGCCGCCAAGGAGCAUGCCGCGCCAAACCCGAAGAUACUGAACCUUAUGGGCGUUGCAGACCCUUUGGAGCGCAGCGGGUAUGCUCGACUCAGCCUGUUCCCCGCGGUGGCACAGAAACUGUAUCCGCAAGAGUUCCAACGCGCUCACGAUCUCGGACUUAUGUGA